AGAAUUUCAAUUUUUUGCAUUGUUCCUCUCUACGCACGUCGCUAUCGCUUUCAUUAUCGUUAUAUUCGCAUUUUGAUUGAAUACAGUAAAUUUGGUCCGCGAUGUUUUAUCCCAGCUUUUUAUCUGCCAGCUAAUGUUGAAUAAAUUGAAGUUGCUGUGGUCCACCUCAUAGUUACGACCUCUCACUCUUUCCACAUACUUAGCCAAACGCUGUUAUACUACGUGAAAUUACCGCUACCGCUUAGAUAACGAAUCGACCCUACAACAUCAUUCUCAUGAUGUGACACGUUGAUGUACUUAACUUUAUUCCCUCAUUCCAUGCUACCGUCAUUGGCCAGACAUCGCUAACCUAACCUUAUUCCCUCUUCAUGAUCUAUAUUUAUUAAUUUCAUCUCCUGAGUUCUUAGGCACAUACCUCUUGUUAGGCACAUUCAUUCAUUCAUCCUGCCUAGAAAAAGAAGAGUUGUGACACCUGACCUCGAUAAUUACUGCUCAAAAUGGCGAUGCAAGUAAGUGCAUUCCGAUCGGACUUGGAACCGGUCUUGGACUUAAUCCCUGAAUUUUAUCCUGACGUGGAGUUCCUCGUAAUGCAGGAUGCGACUGAUACGCUAAUUACGGGUAGGUAGUUAAAGGUGCUUUUGUUACCGUAGUUUGUUAUGGCUCUCCUGCUAAGGGGGUUAGGAGGACAGGCAUAACAGUUAAGGGGCAAACGAACACCAAGAAAAGCCUACCGCUAAGCUAAAAAGUGAUAGUCAUAGUACCUUCGGCUUCGCUGAGAGCACUAGUGGAAGUGGUCGCGGAGGGGCUUCUUCUUCAUCAAGCACAAGCAAUAGUAAAACCGCACAAAGUGGUGCCAGUUCAUCUUAAGGCUCAAUAUAUUUCAUUUCCACGACUCAUUUCUCGCAGUUUUCCUCUUGAAAUUCUGAAGAAAUGAAGGGAAGAAAUGAAAUGUUUUGAGCUCUAAUCAUCUAGUUGUACGACAAGCACAGGUACUGCAGCAGGCACAACAUCAAUUAAGGGUCGGUAGUUAUAAAGGUGCCGCUUUUCUUGUUCCCCUUUGUUAUGGCUCUCCUAACCCGCCUAAGGGAGACCGGCAUAACAAACGGGAUAAACGAGCACCAAAGGGAGCCUACCUCUAAAUCAAGACCAAAUGCCUCGUCCUCCAGUCGUGAAGACAAGUACAGCAGUUUGGACGCAGUGGCGACCUGUUGUUAUCGCGGGUACCUCCCAAUGACAGUGUCCUUCGGGAAAAAGAGCUUUUUCGCAGCAAAGAUCCACCAUGAGCGAUGUAUACGAAAAUUAUUCACGACUGCUCGGAGUUGUUCUAUUUUUAAGGGUUAAUGUUGAAAUAAAUUUGUUCAUUUUUACAACAAGCCUUCUCUACUUGAGAUUGCUACUAGAAAAUGAAAAGGAGUCUCAACCUUUAAAAAUUCUACGACAAGUGGAGCCACCUCAAGCUCCUCAACUGCAGGGCCUAUAGAAGCAGCUAAUGGCGGUAAUGUUGGUUUUGGACAAGAAGAAGCCUCAUCAGCAUCUGAAUUUUCUUUGUCAAAGAAAAAGCGGAAGAGGUGUCGAGGUUAUACGCUUCAUGUACGGAACGAGGUGUCCGCUGACAUCUGCGAAAAGAUACGCCAAUUCACAUGGACAAACAAGCCCAGUGACAACUGGCUAACCGCUGAUUUGGAGAGGCUGUAUCGAAGAAAUGUGGAACUGCAACAACAGGAAUAUUUUUACUCCCAGACCACGCAGUCGUCCCAGCCCACGCAGUCGUCCCAGACCACGCAGUCUACGUGUUCUGGAGCUGGGCCCCCUGCUGGGGGAGAUCAUCAUGAUCCUGCAUCUGGUAAAAGAGAAGCCGAUAGAACCAAAGACGGUCAUGAUGACCAGGAUCAUGACGCCCAGGAGGACGAUCACGACGGUGAAGAUGCACGACCUGGAGGAGGUAACAACCAGAAACAGACUAUUAACGAAGUCCACAAACAAGCUAAAGGGAAACAACACGGGAAGAAGAAAAUGGGUCAGGCAGCUUCGAAACGGGCUAGAAAGGGGGCUAGAGAUAGAUCGGCAGCUGAGUCAUCUUCAUCCAAGGAGAAAACCGCAGACGAGGGAUCAUUUGCAUAUUCCUCUGCUGUAGUGAGCAGUACAAAAGUUGAAAAUACACCUGAACCACUAGUACAGCGGAGCGAAAGUGCAAAAGCAGUAAAAUUUUGGUCAGUGUUUCUCUACUAUGCACCACCGGCUGAUACAACUAAGACGACCUCUGGUGCCCCCUCUGAUGCUACGCCUUGUACUGCCUCACCAUCAGACCCAGAAGUCUUAGUUGCCGGCGAGAUAGGGUAUACCACAGGUGGGAUCUACACGUCGUGUACCGGCUUCUACGACACGAAAUAUAGUGGAGCUGGAAGCGCGCAGUUAUUGUUGCUGGGUCAAUUGCUUGCUGAGCGAGGGUAUCAAAUAUGUUAUGACCUCACAGGUAGACCUGCACAGCUACAAACGAGGUUCCAUGACAUGACAUCUCCUCCUAUUUUCUCCUCCAUUCUGAUUCUCCAUUUGCCGAGACUAUUUGAAUGAAUUUCCGGGAUCCUUCUUUCAACGAAUAUCAGGAUGUCUUCAUUUGGGUUUGGACAAAAUCUUCCUAUUUGGAGCUCUUUGAAAAUAUUUCACCUCGUGAGGGACCCUCAUUCAUUUCUGGGACCUUGGUAUGUCGAUGCGGUACAAGGAUUAAGGGUAGGUUAAAGGUGCUUUUCUUACCGCUUUUUAUGCCUCUCCAAAGGGAGAAAGGCAUAACAAGCGGGGUAAGCGAGCACCAAAAACCUACCUCUAAAAGGAGGAAGUCCUUGGUGCCAGUGAAGUUUCAAGGACCGAGUGGCUCCGACACGUGACCGCUCUGAGAGACAAAACUGACCUCACACUCGCAGCGGAAGGGUACAGCGUUGAUUAAGACUUACUUUUAUUAUGGAUUGAUCUGUUCGCGUUCUAGAGUUUGAAUCAAAUAAAAAUGUAGAUCUAAACAAUAGGGCAAGGAGUACUUAGUCAAUUACGUGUUGCUAAAGCGACUUACGUUUGACUGUACGAACGGGUUAACGACCGUGCCAUCCCCGUAUAAUCUCUAGCUCCGUUCUUAAAAUCUUCGAUCUGUUGCCAUGGGACAUAACAACGUCGCCUGGGAAGAUAUGAUCUCGAUAUUAAGAACGCCAAAGUGGAAAUUGAUAAGUUAAGUGAUCCUGCUUGGUCCCAUACCUUAUCCUAGGCCACAUAAUUCGUGGCUCAUACAUGUGUGGGAUCCCCAGGUAUUGAAGGAUGUUUAAGAUCUUUGAUUGGCUCUUUGUACCAAGGACACUACGGUGGUCCUUUAAGCUCAACUAAAUACAAAUGCGUGAACACGUAGCAGAUCUGUUUGCGGAGUGUUCACCAACAAGCGAGAGACGCGAGAAAGAUCAAUGUUAAUUAUCUUGGCUGGAGAAGGUUUGGGAUAAUUAUGGAUUGAUCUGUUCGCGUUCUAGAGUUUGAAUCAAAUAAAAAUGUAGAUCUAAACAAUAGGGCAAGGAGUACUUAGUCAAUUACGUGUUGCUAAAGCGACUUACGUUUUAAUUCCCCACUAACCCACCCAUAAUGCCUGGAAGGUCGGCGCGCGUCCAAGCCUUGGUCGCUGACCGGCAAACGACAACGCUUGCUUUUACACCUUUUUCAGAACAGUUGCGCGAGGCUUCGAGUACAGUCAAAAGACCGACUCGUUCUAGCCCCUUGCUUAGCGACAAUUCCGUCCGUGUGUCCACACUUGGAGGGUUAGACUCAGACCAAAAAAGAGCUGUUGCAGAUAGUCUUGGCCUCGGUGCCGACUUUACACUGCGCGAUCAAGUACUACAAAAAUUCUCUUGCGGAAAAGAUACCGAUGCGAGCGUAGCACAACCCCCGCCUACAGCAGUCCCACCCCCCCUUGCUACGGAAGAAGAAGAAUUAGCAGUUCUAGCACCUCCGCCAGAGAUUUUGGACCAAGAUUUGCAUAAUAGAUCCAUGGAAGCAAUGGCUGCUAUUCUGAACAAGGAAGGAGUUGAGAGCAUCGCACCGGAACAGAGUGACGCUGGAGCGAGUAGUUCUAGUAGUAUUCUAAAGCAGACUAGCCCAAAAGGCCAUGGACGCCACUUCUCACGCGGGAUUGUGCAUAAGCCAGGUGACGCUUUUGCUCCAACCGCUAGACGCAUUGGUCCGGGAGAGCUGGUUGACUGGAAGAGCGCACUUAACACUAUCCGAGAGGACGUGGAAAACCAUCCUCAUAGGCUUCCCGAUACAAUCCCGCUGGUGGUGACCCAAAUCAAGUCACCGACAAGAUAUGUUGAUGAUUUAACGAACGAAAUCGCGGAGUUCGACUUACAAUCCCGGCUGUCGGCAACAACAAUUAGAUCCUACAAGUCGGGGUACAAGAAGUAUGUAGAGCUUAUGCUCAUGCUAGGCAGAGAUCCUCAUCCACGAUAUAUCGAGGUCAAAGGAGUUCAACUUUUAGCACAAGCCUUCCAGAAAUGCAAGGACUUUAAGCGAUCCAAAGCCCAGAACAUGGAAUACGUCAAGUGUUUUGCGGAUCUGAUAAAGACCGUUGACGGUCCAGUUCGGAAAUCGUUUUUGCAGAUCGCGAGAAUGUUUUUGCGUUCGGCGCCUAACCAGUUUCAACAGCAAGGGAUUCGACUUAGGCACAUAAUGACCUUAGUCCUUCAUUUUACCAGCGCCCCGUUGGCUACGAUUCAGGUGGGAUCUCAGAGUUUUCAAGCAGUACCCUUUCUACGUUUCGCGAUCUUCUGUUGGUUUUUCAUGAUGAGGCUCGAUGAAACGUCGACUUGCGAGAGGAGAAGAGGCAGCAAUUCAAUUAUUCUGACUGUUGUCUCGGCUAAGAACAACCAAUUCGGCGUCAGCAGACAAGUUGUCGAAUUAGGAUGUGCAUGCGGGCAUUCUCCUUCAUUGGGGAUGGAUUUUAUCCAGAUAUGCCCCAAGUGCUGUUGCCCGGAAAAAGACUUCCUCUUUUUUGCUAACACACCGCCAAGGACCCUUCUCAAGCUGAUGGAAGGACUGCUUCAACUAGCUAACAUUGCUAAUCCUGUAGUGCAGUUAGGCGAAGACGAAUAUAAGAAAUCGAUCAUGUUGCAUUCGCUGCGGAUAGGUGGAGCACGCUCUGCUGCAGACGGCGGUUUAACAGAUUCUGAGAUUCAGCAAGUGGGCCGGUGGCAGUCCAUUGAUAGCAUGUACAGAUACCUGGGAAAUGCUAGAGCCCUGCCAGAUGAUGUUGGCCUACGAUGGCCCCUGAAGAAGCCAAUUUUAUUCGCGCCGAGAGAUUACUCCAUUGGGACAAUGAAGCCUCAUAGCUCUUCCGUAGCGAUUAGAGGCGAGUCGAGCACCUUCUCUUCUUCCAGUAGCCAAUACGGUGCCUCGAGCGAAGCUUGGCGUAGUCGACCUUCAGUGGCCCCCUACUAAUUCUCCCCCUUUAUAAUAAAUAAUUCUGGUCACAAAGGUGCGAAUCAAUCAACACAGGCGGUUUCUCUAAUAUUGUUUACGUUACGUUAGUUUUAUACUAUCUUUUCUCUUGUUUCUAGUUUCGUACUUUAUACACUUCUGCGUUUAUAUACUUUCAAAACAAAAUGGACCAACAACAAGCGGCUAAUGCCGGUAUACUCCCGGCGGCACCCGGGCCCCAGGAAGGUGGUGCACUAGUACCUCCAGCGGCUGCAGGUGUAAUGGGGCAUGGCCCAGGAGCUGCCGAAGCACCAGGAGUUCCUCCGUUGGGAGGUGACUUGGGUGCCUUCCCGCAAGAUGCAGGUCAGCCGCAACCGAUAGCUGCGAUGGCAUUUCCACCAGCAGCUCCUGCUGUAGUAAUGCAGCAGAUGAAUGAUAAUAUUUUACGACAGCAGGCCGUUCAAGAAAACGAAGGUCUGGGCGUCCCGACUGACGCACAAGUCAUGCUGGUCGUAGAGCGGUGUACCCAUCUUCGCCAUAAAUGCACACCGGCACAGUAUCUGUUCGUGCUCAGGCAGCUUCAAGCACGAAACUACGACCGAUUGAUUAAGCCCCCCGCAAAUCUGAACCUUUUCCCCCUGGCGCUAUUGGCUACCUUUCGGUGUACCCAGAUUAUCAACGACGCUGAUGCCAAUGCACUACAAGAAACGAUGAUGAAAGCCGUGGCUGGAUCUUUCGACCCAAAAUCCGACGAGCAAAAAUUGUCUUUGGAAGCGGUGUACGACCUGUUUUACUCGAUACUUAAGGUGAACCUCGCUCAUCCCACACCUGUUGCCGAAGGGCCGAAUUUCCAGCAGCGCCAACUGCAGGCCACCUUAGUAGGAAACGUUUUUCCGGACCUGGUUUCUCAGAUUGCAGUUGAGAAACGACGCGAAAGCGUCGAAGCUGAAGCCUUGAAGAAAAUGAGAACUGAAAUAGACAAACUAGUGCGUGAACAGGUGAACCAGCGAACAAGGGCAUUAGAAGCCGAGAUCAGAUCCUUGAAGUCGAGGAAGCCUUCCCCAUCUCACAAGGAUGACAGACCGGUGAAAAAGAAGAAAAGCGACGAUGAAAAAACUUGUUUGUUGUGGAUGGAAGGAAAGUGCCAAGGCAAGUACUGCCCAAAUAAAAACAAACAUGGAGGAGAUCUUAAAUUGCUGGAAUAUCUCAAUAAAGCAUUCCUGCAAGGAAGGCUAAACUCGGAUCAGCUGAAGAAAUUAGCUUCAAGCUGACAGCCAACAUUCCAAAAAGAUCAGAUACAGAAAGUCUCUUCCUUCAUCCCCCCCCCCCAUGAAAAACCAAGCAUGAAAAAUCUCUAUAGUUACUAAAAGCUAUUCUCUAGUGUGGUCAAGCGAACGUUCAUGCAUGUCAUAUUACACAUCCCCCCGCUCGUUUACUUUGCCUUCCCUUGAAGUAGGAGCGAUACUACCCUUGGAUUGAUACACAAUGCAAUUUUUGCCCAGUUUUUGUGAAACCCCCCCAUCAAAUCCUUCGAAACUGCAACUAGACGGUGACCACGCCUUGUCUGCUUGUAGUUUUAUUAGACUUUCUGCUGUUCCGUGACCGUGCCUCGCACUUGGUCUUUGACCUCUGUAAUAGUUGAGUAGAGUGGUUUCAUCUCGCAUGACCUUGCUCGACUUGACUUUAUUUCAGCUUUUCUCCAAAACCCCUCAACAGGAAAAGACUUCGCAAAAGCUUUCUGUCUUACCUAAACGGUAGCACCUCACCACAAAAUGAGUAUAGUAGAAACUGAUAUAUCUAAUCUUCGUUUCUCGCAAAACAAUAUUUCAAAGUUUUUCAACAAAGGGCCUUACGCCGGUCAAAGUAUCUUUACAGCGUUGAACUCAUUUACCCACCGUAGAGACAUAGACCUUACAAACGACUUAAAGAUUCGAGGCUACUUCAUCGGCGCCACACUGUACACAGCGAACAACAGGACAGUGGCCGCCUUGCGGAGCCUGCAGAAGAAACGCGGGUGGAAAAGUUUGCGGGUCAAAGUCCAUGUGGUUUCAUUCCUAGGCAACGAGUGGCGUCACACAACCACGAACGAGGGAAAGAGCAUCGCAGUCCGAGAAUACUAACGUCCACAAUAAGUGCUAGCGCAACAACUUCUCCCUUCUGAUUCCCUUUCCCCCCCCACCUGAUAGCUUACAUCAAGAUGGACUCAUUUGAUCAAGAAGACGAACCACCACUGUACUACGCCCCAGUCGAUGAGGACGGGGCACCACAGUACGACUACGACAACCCAGAUUCUUUUACUAGGCUGCAGCAAGAAAAGAUCCUUCACGAGCUCAAGCAACAACAAUGGGGCCACUUCCUGAGGCAGUCUCAUCUAGAACUACUACGUCUACAAAGGCGGGCAUACCUAGAAAAGAAAGAACGCGGAGACUUCGAUAAUUUAUGCAACGAAUUGAGAUCGCAGCUGGAUUUAGAUCUGACAGCGGCCAGCAAUGGCGACCUGCCUCCGGCGCUGCAUGGACUAAUAGUCAACAAAGGUUCCACAACCAACAAUGGACAGCCAACAUUGUCACUUCCAAUCGAAAGCCAUCGCUCGGAUGCAGAUGAGAUAAAUGCAAAACGAAGAAGAGCGUCGUCCGAAUUCCAGGAUGGUACCGAAGGAGGGCGCGUAGAUAUUAAUAAAGUAGACUACUCGCUAUUUACCAACCCUUUCUUCAAGAAGCUCAAGCAGCAGGCUGAAAACGCUAGGUCGGUGGUCGCGGGUAGCUCAUCUUCAUCAAAAGCAGUGCCAAAACAUUUCAUCCAGUGCAAAGCCGCGUCCUACCAAGUUUUCACGAAACCCGAGAUUUUGCAAGAUGUAGAAGAAUCCAUAGGGAAACCGACACUAGCUCAGCACCAGUCUCGACCCGUUUCCCCCUCAUCCAUCUCCGAAGUCAGCUCGCAAUUCUUUAUGUCUUCCACCGAAUCAGAGAAAAAACUGGUCCAAGGCGCAGUGAACAGCUGGAAGCCAGUACUCGAGACCGAUGCAGCUCGCGAUUAUGGCGCAGGUCCUACACUGCCAGACUACUUCACACCAACCAUCACAAAAAGCAAAACUUCGCUUCCCGAAGAAAUAAACGCCGAAGCUACGCGACUGGCGUCAUGGCUUAUUGCGGAAGAACAUAGUCUCAGGACGAAAAACGCAGAAUUAUUCAGCAAAAUGCCUCCUCACCUUAAAGUCGUUUACGAUGGCAAGAACUUCGCACUCGCUCACCGGCUACUAGAACUAGCAGUAUCUAUCGCCAGGGGUUGCGACGCCCUGGUCGACAAGAAUGCUGAAUUCAUUCUCUCAUGGAAGCGCAAAAUGAUUAAUGGCAUUUCCAUGGAUAAAGAGGUGGAACCAUGUGGCUUCUGGAGGAUGCUGGACUCGGACGAAGUCGAGGCGAAACGCGCAAUCGCUGAAGAGGCAGCCAGAAGAUCGCGUAUGCCUCCAGACCACAAUCACUGGGCACCAGAGGAGGACAUUGAGGUCUUGUGGAAGCAGUACUUGAAGAUGCACAAGAAAGGUUUCUGGCAGCCCGCUCCAAUCUCGUCCGUGACGGCCGUUGGAGGUGCUGUCCCGUUUCCGGUUCAUCAGCCGACUCCGGAGAACCCUACCAAGAUUCGCACCUGCGUUGACUUAAGAGGCCAGAACAAGCUUCAGGUAGUGAAAGAGCGCAUGCGUCUCUUGGGUUCCCGCGCAUCCAUCGAACUAUCUUGCGCGUUAAUGUCCGAACAUGUGGAAUGGAAAAAACGACAUCUCAUUUUACAGAAUAAGAAAGACGUUAAAGAGGAUGUGACUACGGAGAAGUCAAUCAGGCAGCAACUUCUUCGAGAACACCAGCAACUCUUCGACAAGUCGCAACCUGAAAACAAGAAGAUCUACCGAAACCCAGUCAGCAAGCCUGACCUUAAGUACAGCUUCGUGCCGGCCAUGGCAAAAGCGGACAUGGAAGGUUACUACUUCCAACACGGUACGGAAGAUCCAAGCAAGAACAUAAUGUUCUACCCCGUCCCCCACAGCGUGCCUGAUUCUCACCUCCAACCGGAUUCCAUCCAAGUGUCAUCGAAACCAGACAAUCAAGGACGUUUUCGCAGAUGGCAAGUGACCCCAUCUACGGUGGCUUUGUUUGGGGCACUCUCGAGCGUUCACGAGUGCGUUCAUACAAGCGAGAUUCAUCAGCUGAUUAUAGUAGUUCUACUCCAAGUACUCACCACUGCUUACAUAGACGACUUUCAUCCGCAAUGCAGACCAGAAUGUAUUACGAAACAAAUCGAAUUGGUCAACCUUUACUUAGGGCUCACAGGUUGGUGGCGAAGUCCCGAGAAAGACGAUCGUCACCAUCGCUUCCAGAAAUCGAUCACGGUCCUUGGAUUGGCCUACGAGAUAAACCCGGUUAAUCUGCGUAGUUUCGGGCUGAAGAUAUCAGUUAGCCCAGACAAAAUCAAACGUUGUGUGGAGUUGGGUGAUGCGCUUAUUCGCCAGUUCGCUGAGAAUCGGGUCGAGCUGUCUCUCGUCCUUACCUUUAGAGGGCUGUUCCGCCACUGCGCAUCAUUAGAUCGCCUCAAGAUCUUCAUCGCGAAAGGGGUCGAUUUCCUAGCAGACAACUUCGCGAGAUGCUUAAGCCAAACAGCCGAGAAAAACAGAGCGUUGGCCUCGAUUAAGCUGAUGGUGUGGGCGCUGCACCACAUUAAACCGCUGCACAUAAACCCAACUCGAGUUGACAAACCCGUCGGCCAUGCGUACUCGGACGCUGCCCUUGAGGACGUGCAAGGUCUCAACGAGAAGUUGAAACGUGGGCAGUUCGACAACCUCCAUGAUCACAAGAUGUCAAUUGGCGCUUACAUCAACCUCCCACAGGGCGCACGCUUUUUCCGCUUAAAGCUGAACUCAUUGCCCCGCUUCCUCUCCGGCGAGUACAUGCACAUAGGCAUAUUGGAAGCGUUAGCAGUGAACGUUUCCACAUUCAUUUGGGCACACCUUCUCCGAGACUACUUUCUCAUUCAGCACGUGGAUAACUUAGGCGACGUUUUCGCGCUAUGCGCGAACAGCACUAGAUGCCCACGCACUCAGAAACUCAGUGCGAGCAUCCAUCAGAAAAUCCAAGAUUAUAAUCUCGAUAUUUAUUUUACUUGGAUCUGCUCGGCUAGAAACCUAAGUGAUCCCCUGACCAGAGAAGAGCGAUUUCGAGCCUUUACUGAUUUCUUCUCUUUAGCAACCGAAGAACAAUUACACGCUGAUUUCAUCAUUCAAAACCCACACCUAUGGGGCGUCGCCCGUUAAAUCAAACAUCUCUUUGUAAAAUUUUUUCCUCUUCAUAAUUCUUUAGUUAUAGGACCCCCGAGUCAUAGCGCUGCUAAUGACGAAAACGGAGCCUCCUCCCAAGGAUCUCACUGGCCUCCCCCCAUAGUCAGUGUUGUGCAUCCAAGUAAAAUUUCACUUCUUCAUGGAAAUUGAUAAGUUAAGUGAUCCUGCUUGGUCCCAUACCUUAUCCUAGGCCACAUAAUUCGUGGCUCAUACAUGUGUGGGAUCCCCAGGUAUUGAAGGAUGUUUAAGAUCUUUGAUUGGCUCUUUGUACCAAGGACACUACGGUGGUCCUUUAAGCUCAACUAAAUACAAAUGCGUGAACACGUAGCAGAUCUGUUUGCGGAGUGUUCACCAACAAGCGAGAGACGCGAGAAAGAUCAAUGUUAAUUAUCUUGGCUGGAGAAGGUUUGGGAUAAUUCCUCUUAAUUGAAGGCAGUCUAGUACAUGAAGAUGGUCUUAAGAGGCAUCUUUGAUCCCUUUUUCAAGAGGGAACUGCGUCGAAGAUGCUUUCCAAGAUGAAUAAAAGUAAGGUCUAAGUUGAAGGCAGUCUAGUACAUGAAGAUGGAGAAGGCGGUCUAGUUUAAGGGUCGUACAAGAAAUCAAAUCCAUCUUCAGAUGAGGCAUCUUCUUGGUCCCGUUUUUAAAGGGCAAAGGAGACCCAAGAUGCUGCUCAAAAUGGGAGACUUGUUCCGUUAGUUCUAACUAGUUGAUGACAAGGAUGCGCGGACGACGCAGACCAGGACUACGACGAGCAGGGCUAGUGGAGUUGUUGGAGUUUCUAGGGAAGCCGAAAAUAGAGUCAAGAAGGGACCCUUCAACCCAAACGCAAGAACAUCAGGAGACUGUGAUACGUCUUAGCUCCUUUGCCCAACCUCCCCAAGCAGCUGAUGUCGCUUUCUCAGUCACAUAUAGCAUCAGGUUGAAGAUGAGCAUCUUUAUAUAGUUUUCUUUCCAUCUCGCGAGAUGUAGAAGUACUCAUCUUAGCUACAACAACUGGAACAGUUCGUGAAAAACGGAUCCUUCACGACAG